AUGACGCAGAUAGUGCCGCCACCGCCGGCCUUAGCAGGCACCGAAGGCAAGAUUUCACCCAGAUCACUUCAAAGGGAUCCAACUCUCGUGCACGGGCCGCCGUCACCACCAGCACCACCAGGCAGAACCCUGGAGCACCGGCAGAUCAGCGAGCCGCCGGCACCACCGCAUCCAGAUCGCCGGCCACGCCGGGCCGCCGCCAUCCCCGCGCCGUCCGGGUCAGAGACGGAGCCGCCGACCGCGCACAGGGACCGCCGCCGCCUGCACACGCCGGAGCGCCGCCGAGAGCCCAGCGCCCGCCACCGCUUGCCGAGGGCCGCCGCUGCGCGCCCCGAGCGGACUCCCACGCACACCAGGGGAAACCGCGAGCGUGAGCCCUGCCGUCGACCCCAAGCCCGCGCCGGCGCGCCCCGCCUCCAGCGCGCCGCCAACCCCCGCCGCAAUCCGCCCGCGCCAGAUCCAGCGAGUUGUGGGAGAAGAGAUCCCGCCGCCGCCAACGCCGGCGGGGCCUUGCCCGGCGGCGCGCCCUGGCAGCGGCGAGGAGGAGAGGUCGGGGGAGGGACGAGGACGCGGUGGCGCUAG